UUGUCUGCUGGCGGCAACUCCUGCAGUUUGUUGCAUUCCGAAGUUAUACGAGGCGAUGAUGACUUUGCUGGUGUCCUCUUUAUCAUUCCAUUUCCUGGCUAUAGUAGUGAUAGUAGCAGCAUUUGAAGAUAACCAUGUAGUUAGAGAAUUCAAAAAUAUACAGCAUGAUUUUGGAAAAUGGAAGUUAUCGUUACACCCAGUGUAUGCGACUACAAAGGAGGUGUAUGAUUUCAACGACAAGUUGGAAUCUCUAGAUCCUGAUGAGUUUGACAGGAUGAAGUCGAUGGCUGAAGUCUUUGCUGGAAGAUUACAACGAUUACCGUAUGAAAAAAUGCCAAACGAAACGCAGGUUGAUUACGACAUUCUAAAACACACACUGCAGACAUUCCUGGGCGGAUACAAAUGGCGCCUAUAUGGGCCUAUGAAUUCCGUGAGCAUCCUCGAUGGACCCGUUCGUCUCCCACGCACGGUUGUAGAGCACGCACCUCUCUCAACCAAGGGGGAUUUCGUCGACUUUUAUGAAAGAGUUCAAGCCUUCCCUCGAAUGAUAGAUCAGCAUAAAGAAAACCUGAAGAAAGCUGUUUUAUACAACCGUACACAUCACCGAGUAUCAAUGUUGAAGGUCAAAGAUCAAUUUAAGGAAAUUUUAACCAGUAAACCUGAGCAUUUUAUUCUGUAUCAACCAUACAACGACACAAUUGACGGAAUAGAAACUGUAUCCAGUAAAGAAAGAAAAGGCUACAGGACCGGUGUUAAAGCGUGGAUUAAGAAAACUAUAGAUGCUUACAAAAAUCUGUUUCUGUAUAUUGAACAGACUUACAUGAGGCAUCUCCGUACUGGGUUAGGCGUAUGUACCUGGGAAAAUGGGCGUGAGUUUUACAGGGCAGCACUAAAAUGGCACCUCACUACAGAUAUAACACCGCGACAAGUCAACGACAUCGGGAUCAGGGAAGUGAAAAGAAUCAAGGAGAAAAUGACGGAGGUCUUACGUCGCAUAGGAUUUAAGGGAACCAUUCGUGAAUUUACCACCUCCAUCAAGGGUGACCCUAACUAUACAGUUAGCAGUACGCAUUCAAUUUUAAAUUUGUAUAGAGAUAUUAUCAAAGACAAAAUUGUUCCCGCCCUUCCGAGAUUGUUUAAAGUUAUCCCUAAACUGCCAAUAAGGGUAGCACCAAGCCGUAGCGACGGUAUAUUUGCUGGCUAUGAGGCUGGGUCUAAGGAUGGGUUACAGUCGGCGGUGUUUUACGUGAACCUCUUCCGACCUACUGAUGUGUCAAUCCCAGAUUUCAUACCUAUAGCGCUGCAUGAAACAUUGCCAGGCUACCAUCUACAAAGGUCGAGCCAAGCGGUAGCACGGUUACCCCUUUUCCGUAAGCACAGUAAAGGAAGCUUUAAGUAUUACCGAGUUCCUUUCGACUUCCCAGAUUACAACGUGUUUGCUGAGGGUUGGGCUCUGUACGCGGAAGCCUUGGGCGAGACGAUGGAACUAUAUAAAGAUGACUACUAUUUGCUGGGACGCUACAGCUCUGAACUUUUCCGCGCAUGCCUACUGGUUGUUGAUACGGGUAUUCACUAUUACAGCUGGAGCAGAGAUCGUGCCGUGGAUUACCUUUUGACUCAUUCUACGUUUGGACUUGACCUGUUAGAGAACAUAGUGGACAGGAUAGUCACGUGGCCUGGACAAGCUUGUGGUGCAAAGAUAGGAGAACUUAAGAUCUGGGAGCUGAGGCGUAGGGCGGAACGGAAACUUGAUUGGAAGUUCGACAUUAGAGAAUUUCACGCGGAACUACUGCGACAUGGUGAUGUGCCAUUACAAGCACUGGAGAAGAUCGUUGACAUUUGGAUUAACAAAACAGCGAACAGCACUGUAUGUGGGUCAGCAUCAUCUCUCCAGUACUGGGGACCUUUCAAGUUAUUAAUAACAGUUAUUAUCCUUUUUAUAAUAGUUUAAAAAAUCCAAAUAGUUUAGUAAAUACCUUUACGAACUGAAAUGUAUUGUUUAAAUGGAUACAUUGCGAUGAGAAAAUAAGGGAUGCAUUACAGCAAACCAUAUCUAAUUUAUUCUCGCAUGGGUUCUUAUUCUGUUAAUUAACUCAUUUUGUAUUCAGCUUCUAAUAUGUGUUACAGAGAGGGUUUAAAUGUGCACCAAUGACAUGUUAACAAGAGCGUUCUGGUGCAUUAAACAAGAAUACAUAGUUCACGAACUGAUAUCCAGUAUGUAAACGGAAAACACUUUCCCUAAAUGAAUGUUUGGAGACGUCAUUGUUUCCCAGGAGAAUGACAUAAAUACAUACAGUUAUAUAGGUUUAUGAUAAAUAUCUUUUUAGAAAACCUUAUUUCCUAAAUAAAGUGAACCCAGUUUUCACAUUUACCUCUUUAGAUUGCCAUUUAUUAAUUUCACAAUCUAUAACCCUUAUAUUUCGCUGUUUAUUUUCACUUCAACCUUAGAAAUGAUUUAAGCGAAGCAAAACCUAUAAAGUCAUUGUGCACGGAUUAAAUCGGAAAGUUUUUCACGAAAGUUUUCAUUUUCCUAUAUUUCUUCACAAAAGGCUUGGUGUAUUAUGCCUUGAAAUCUAUUUCAGUAGAACCUAUGCGGAGCAAGAGUGAGGAUGAAUAGGGUUUAUUUUGUUUACAUGGAAGAAUUUAAAUUUUUAAAUGAAUUUUUAAUUCAUCAUAAGAAGUUUUGCAAAUAGUAUUAAAAAUAUCCUGAGGUAACCCGAGGGUUUCGUGAAUAUUGAAACGAAUACGAACAUCAUAUCAUAUCCAUGUUUUUUAACCAGGAAGAAUGAUAUAGUAUCUUUGAGGCCGAUUUUUUCCAAUAAUUCCCCUAGAUCUAGUAAAAAUUAUGUGGUAAUAUAUCGACCUCAGUACAUAGCUAUGUUACCUUCAUCACAGAGAAACUUUAUCUCAAAUACAUGUUAUCGCUUAAAUAAACAUGUUCAUUGAAGUAAAAUCUCAAGUAACAUUUUGAAUGUGAACAUAUAUUUAUCGUGGUAUCCAUCAGAUAAAAAACACUUUCAGAGAAUUUGAAAAGUACAUUGAUUUUUUUAUCAUAUAUUUUGAUAAUUUUAUAAACCACCAUUACACGUUUUUCAUUCAAACAGUCUACUUAAGCUACACUAUACGUAAGUGCCUUAUAAGCGGGUUUUAACGCACCAUAUAAGCUAAUGCCUCAUCAAAGUUUAUCAUACCUGAUCGGAAUGCAGAGAAAAAAUGCCAUUUUCUUAUAUAUAAAUACAUAUUGUAACAGUAAUAUACGUAACAACUGUAAAAGAUAUACACAAGUGACAAAUCAAAUAUGUAUGAUAAUUUUUAUUAUUGUAUCUUAUUUUGUGUAUAUCAUGUACAUUAUUCGCAUAAUUUGCAUAUAUAGUAUUAUGAUGAAGGAAUGUAGUGUACAUGCACAGUACUAUGAUUCACGAUACAAAUAUCAAUACAGUUAAUGUCCUUAUACUUUCACUAUUGCAGUGUGCUUAAUGGUAAGUUGUUUUACCUCAGUGAAAGUUAAAAGUGAUUAGCGAACCCGUUUUUAUAACAUCAACACUCUGUUUUCGUGUCUGACGUAACACGGUAAUAACACAACCCAAUACGACAUUUAUCUUAUUUAAAGGGUAGUGUUCCAACUCUGUAUAGAUAUAACGUAUAGAAUCAUGGCAAUGGUAUACUUAACUUGAUAUAACAAAUACAUGGUGUAGUUAUAACAUUGAUGUGGAUAAUUUCGAGUUAUUGCCUGUUGUGUUUUUCUUCAUUUAAAACUGACACUGUGACAUGUUAUUCUGAUUAGUUGUACCGUCUUUGCGUAUUGCAGAGUUAUCUUCUCUUGGGAGCAGGUAUUGAUUGUUACGUCAUUGGUUUGUGCGA